AUGAUGUCAAGAAUCAAGUCAAGAAUCUCAAAAACUUUUUUUAAAGUGCCACGAAGGAAGGAUAAAGUGCUGUUGUGUACAUGUGUGUCCGUUGUGUGUGUGUUAUACUACAUCUUCAGUGUGGGUGAUUAUGUGUUAGCCAAAAGCUACGACAAACACUUCGACUACCCUUUAAAUAUUGAUAUACGACCACUCGUGGAGCAAAUAAUAUCUGGAGGCAACCCUCGUAUACCCAAACCAAUUAACUUUUACCCAUAUAAAUUCCUAACUAAUUCUGGAAAAUGUAAAACAAUAGAGAAAUUGGAUUUGUUUAUAGUUGUGAAAUCAGCUAUGCAGAAUUUUGGCCACCGAGCUGCCAUAAGACAGACCUACGGACAAGACAAUAUUAUACCGGGUCGCAUUGUAAAGACAUUGUUUUUCUUAGGAAUCUCUUCUCACCCCAAAGGUGAAAUACAGAAACAAAUAGAUGCAGAAAUCGCUAAGCACAAAGACAUAAUACAGAUUGAUUUCCAUGACCAUUACUUCAAUAAUACUAUAAAAACUAUGACGUCGUUCCGAUGGUUGUACGAACAUUGUUCUACAGCUGACUUCUAUUUGUUUACGGACGAUGAUAUGUACAUAUCUGUCAAUAAUCUGAUAGAUUACCUUGACGACAAAAUGCAAUUCAAACGGAGACCGUUGCAGGGAGAUCACUUUUACGCCGGUUACGUAUUUGAAUCACGCCCUCUCCGGCACAAGAUAAGCAAAUGGCGUGUGAGCCUUGACGAGUACCCGUGGGACAAAUGGCCGCCCUACGUGACGGCCGGAGCGUACGUUAUUUCAAAUAAAUCUAUGAAAUAUUUAUAUGUGGGUAGUAUGUUCGUGAAGCAUUUCCGGUUUGAUGAUGUAUACUUGGGUAUCGUUGCGAAGAAAUUGGGCAUUGAGGUCACACAUUGCCCUCAGAUACAUUUUUAUAAUAAGAAAUACAGUAAAGAGGGAUAUAAGGACGUGAUUGCGGCGCACGGGUUCCAUGACCAUGAUGAACUUUUGAGAGUAUGGCGUGAACAGAAUACCAUUAUAUAGGAAGAUAAAUGACUAUACAUCACAUAUGACGUUAGCAAUCCAUACUGUUUAUGCUAUACUAUUAUAAACACGAAAGUUUUGUCUGUCUGUCAAGCUGGACCGAUUUUGAUGAAAUUUACUGAGGUCAACAUAAACUACAAUGUUUAUUCAAAAUCAAGCCUAAACCGCUAAAUCUAAAGUUAUUAUGAAGAACAACGAUUCCGUUACGUGAGCGAAGCUGCGGUCAACAGCUAGUUAUACCAUUUUAUAACUAUUAACCAUUCCGAAUGGAUGUGGCGAAGACGAGGCAGCACUGCUCCUCUGAAAUAUUCUUGGUUUUCACCACUCCUUAGGAUAUCAAAGGGCAAAAAAUUAUAGCUUUUUAGUUUUUUCCAAUAGAAGAAUAAUGUAAUUAUAUAAUACCACCGACCUACAUUACUUACUUGUAUUUCACAUGCAUUAAUUAUAUAAAAAGCGAAAGUUUCAUUUUCUGCCUAUAUUUAAAUAUCGUGCAGAAGUUAUUUUUAUAUGUAAUACUUUAAAUACUCAUAGUUUAAAUUAAAAAUGACUAAAACAAUAUGUAUGAUUCAGAAAAUUUUAAUUAAGGCUUGAUUGCUCAUGAAAAGGGGUUAUUCCGAUCCUGAGAUUAUAUUUAUUUUUUACUAAAAACAGGAUGACUGCUUUUAUAGGUAUUUUUUUAUUCCAUAGAUUUGUAAUAACAAAUUUUUAAUUUAGCGAAUGUAGUUUUUAAAUAGGUGUACUAAUUAGGUGAUAUUAAAAAUAGAAAUAAUACAAUAUCUAUAUAUUUUAUCGUCCAAUCAAUUUAGACUAUUGUAUAACUAUAUAAUUUGUAUAACAAUGCAACAUUUCAUUGUGGUGGGUUCAUGACCGGGUAUUAGAACCCAUAGUAUGAGAUGAGUUUGCGCCCGGGCAUAAUCCAUAUUUUGACUAAUUACUACAUACUAUAUACAUUGUAACUAAGCAAUAAUUUCAUUGGUUGUAAACUUAAAAAAUAAAAUAAAAAUUUAAUACAGAA